AUGCCGUUAAUCAACGAAUCGCAUGACUCGCUGCCAUAUAUCGACGCAGCGCCCACUGCGUCCGCGCGAGCGCAAGCGCAGCAGCUCAUCAACGCAGAGCUAUCCCCAGAGCACGCCUCCACAAUGCACCCCUGGAUACCGGAAGCGCCAGAACCCAAAUUUUCUCAAUUCAUGCAACAAGAAAUUUCGCGCAAAGCGCAAGGAGCACCUCUCACAGGAGGAAUCGAUCUAUCCCGUUACGAAGCACCAGAGGCACCAACUCCCACACCAGACACCGAGACACCCGAUCUAGCCAAAUCGGGCCAGAUUUUACAACAGGCAUAUGUGUCAUGCUCGUACUUGUCCGAGCGCAACAAGAGCCUGGGUCUGCUGGAAGAGUAUGGCAAGAACGCUUGGCUGGUUGGUAAUUCGCAGCUUGAGGAAGUUCUCGGCUCUCUUGAGAAGGAGUUGGCAGAGACGAAGGAGGCUUCUGAGGAGGUGAAUAAGCAGAGAAAAAUUGCACAGGAGGCGAGCCAAGGUGAGCUAGUCAGUCUGGAAGAGACGUGGAAGCGUGGCCCUGGGGCGAUUCUCAAUGUUGAGUUGGCAUCUGAGGGUCUGCGCAGGCAGAAUCUUGACUACAGGCGCCAAAUGGCUCAGCAGCAGGCUCGCUAA